CAACACACCAGCGAAUGUGGCCCUACAGCUAUUCAGGCUGACUAGAAAACAUUUAAAAAAGUGAGAUAACCUACUUGACAGUAAAGUCUGUCUUUCUCAAUAAAUAUCCACUCAUAUGAAGCAAUAUAUAGGAAACAAGCACGCAUCGGUUCAUCCUACCCGGUCUUCCUUAAACCUCCAGUUGCUAAGUUAGCCCAGCUAGCUCUCAAGCUAACGUCAAUCUUGGGUGACGAUUGUGUAGCGUGGAGCUAGUUUGGAAGCCCAGCAGGAAGUAACUUGCUGUGGGAGUCAGGCUUCGGCGUUUGGAGAUUUUCUUCUUUAUGUCCCAUUGGAAACAGCAGCUGCAGCAUGGCAGAUGACAAGGAUGUACUGAGAGACGUUUGGUUUGGUCGGAUACCCACUUGCUUCACCCUGAACCCGGAUGAGGCUACUGAGAGAGAGGCAGAACCUUACUAUCUGCUGCUCCCCAGGGUGAGCUACCUGCCUCUGGUCACAGACAAGGUGAAAAAACACUUCCUCAAAGUGAUGAAGGCCGAGGACGUGGAGAUGUGGUUCGAGUACGAAGGAACACCACUCAAAUGGCAUUAUCCAGUUGGAGUCCUGUUUGAUCUCCAUGCCUCCAACACUGUUUUACCCUGGAGCAUCACUGUGCACUUUAAGAGUUUUCCAGACCAGGACCUCCUUCACUGCCCGUCGAACUCCGUAGUAGAAGCUCACUUCAUGUCCAGCAUCAAGGAGGCCGACGCCCUGAAGCACAAGAGCCAAGUCAUUAACGACAUGCAGAAGAAAGACCACAAACAGCUGUGGAUGGGCCUGCAGAACGAUAAGUUUGACCAGUUCUGGGCGAUGAACAGGAAGCUGAUGGAAUAUUCCACAGAGGAGGGAGGCUUCAGAUACAUCCCCUUCAGGAUAUACCAGACAUCGAGUGACAGGCCGUUCAUCCAGAAACUGUUUCGCCCCGUUUCACCUGAAGGCAGCGCACACACGCUGGGCGAUCUGCUGAAUGAGAUGUACCCUGAUGCUCUAACAAGAGAUGGUGAGAAAAAGCGUUACCAGGUGUUGAUCCACGGUAUCGAACCUCUGCUGGAGACUCCCCUGCAGUGGCUCAGCGAGCACCUCAGCCAUCCCGACAACUUCCUGCACAUCUGUGUCGUUCCUGCACCCACGGAUUGAAACCACGCCCUCUCACCUCGCCAUCACCAUGACAACAUUUUGUGGACGUUAGGGUGCAUCGUGAUAGAGGUUUUGAAUUAACAGACUAACGGGAGGAAGAAGCUUAAAUGAGGUGAACAAAGAUUAUCACGGAGGUCUCAAACACACCUUUUACCUUUUAUUUGUUUUGUUCGUCUUCUUUUUUCACACCACUGCUACUCUGCUUUUCUCCUCUGGAACGUCUAAAGAUUCAAGGAUGAGAAGAACUUUCUUUCUUUGACAAGUAAGAGAUGAAGAGUCAUCUCAUGUUCACAUCAUCUCUGUUGCCUGCUCUACUCCUGAAUAACCAGACAUCACCAAUGGAGCAAAGGAUGUGAAUGAUUUUAUGUUUUUCCAUCUGGCCUUUCUGCGUUCUCCUCCUCGUGUAAUCAGACUGACCUGGAGACACGAAGACAUGCUUAUCUUUGGAAGUGGUGUGUCACUUUCUACUGAAGUUGCCUUGGUUACUAGUCAUGCUUCUGUGAUGUCGGAGUUGGCAUCCUAAUAUGGAUUAUACACGUCUAUAAACUGUCCCACCAAUGAGAUAUCACCCCAGUAGCAAAUAUAAGCAGAUCUAGUUCCUAUUUGUUGUAUACAGAUGUUUUUCAUUACUGUUGAGUUUAGAAUCUCAUAUUUAGUUAACGUAAAAUCUGUCUAAUGAAAACGGAGUAUUUCAGUAGGGUUAUUGUUAUUUUACAUAUAAACUCUGUAUUUUUAUUUUUGUUUAUUCUCUGGGAUUACAUCUUAAAUGCUCCUCAGAGGUUAUUUGUGAUGAUCAAACCCAAACGGAUAAUCUGAAAAAUCAGCUAAAAGGGAGAUUGUUUUUCUUUGUUUUUACGUUUUCUACAUAGAUCUAGAACGUUCACAGGCCAUCAUCUGAUAGUCUUUAACCGUUUAUGUGGCUAAAGCAUAAUUUGACUGAGUCAGGGGAGGUAAAAACAAAAAAAAACACUUCUUAAAUAGCAGGUGUUGAUUUCUCUGCAUCAAUACACUUUAGGUGGUUUUACUGUCUGUUUUGUGAAAUUUGGCUCAAAAGUCUUUGUUCACUGCCAAAACUUAAAUGUGCAUCUGGUUUUGUUUUCCUAAAGAGCCGAGCCUGGAUGAUGAGACUAUUAGUUAUAAGGCUUUCUGGGCCAUUCUUUGCAUAGGCUUCACAUGACACGAUCACUGAAACUGGCUUUAGCAGACAAGCUAUCUGACAGCAUCAAAGGAGGAGUUAAGGGAGUACGUUAUUGGAUUAGCAAGCUUUUACCUAGAAUCAUUCUUGGCAUGUUAAAUGUCUCCUAUUUGCAGCUUUUCUUUUUUAUUAACAUCUUUUUACACUGAAAUAAAAUGAAAAAUC